CGCGCGCGGGAGCGCAGCCGUCUUGCAUCCUUUCGUCCCGCGCGGCGCCCCGUAGGCGGGAGGUUGCGCCCGGCGGCGCGCGCGGGGCAGGCUCCCGCGGAGCGCAGCGGCGGUUGCCAGGGGAGCGCUGACGGCCGGCCUCGGGCAUGGCUUUGGGCGAGAUGGAUGGAGCGGCGUCGGAGCCAGAGGAAGGCGGGAGCCAGGAGCCAGGUGUCAUCUCCGCCAGAAAUACUCUGGAGAGCUUCACAGAGAGUCAGGAGGUCGGGGGGCUCAUCGGUAACCUGAAGGGAGUCUUUGGGGAUCUGGUGACUCGAGAAAUGACGGUGGAAAAAUUCAUAGGUAUAAUGGACAAGUACCAGGAGCAACCUCACUUGUUGGAUUGCCACUUAGAGUGGAUGAUGAAUUCAUUGUUGGCUAUAGUACGGGACAAUGGAUCUCCUCCCCCGCUAGUUCAUCUGGCUUUUAAAUUUCUUUACAUCAUCACAAAGGUGAGAGGGUACAAACGUUUCCUCCCGCUGUUUCCUCAUGAAGUAGGUGAUCUACAGCCUGUUUUGGAUAUGCUUGUAGACCAGAAUCCAAAAGAUUCUGAGACUUGGGAAACUCGUUAUAUGCUUUUAUUAUGGCUCUCCAUGAUAUGCUUGAUUCCUUUUGAUCUGGCCCGUUUUGAUGGAAAUAUUAUUUCUGAGGAAGGGCAUGCUCGUAUGCCAACAAUGGAUCGCAUACUUAAAAUAGCAAAAUGUUACUUGGUUGUCAGUGAUAAGGCUCGAGAUGCAGCUGCUGUACUGGUUUCAAAAUUUAUUGUCCGCCGUGAUGUCAGGCAAAAAAGGAUGCCAGACUUCCUGGACUGGACUCUUUCCAUGUUAUCUAAAUCCUCCUUCCAGACAAUGGAGGGGACUGUUGUUAUGAAUGGCAUGCUCCAGGCCCUGGCACAGUUAUUUAAACAUGGCAAAAGAGAAGAUUGUUUACCGUAUGCUGCUACUGUACUUGAGUGUCUUGAUAAUUGCAAGCUGUCAGAAAGUAAUCAGAUGGUUCUUCGCAAGCUAGGGAUGAAACUUGUUCAACGACUUGGACUGACAUUUGUGAAACCGAAGGUAGCAAAAUGGAGAUACCAGCGUGGCUGUCGAUCUCUGGCUGCCAAUCUGCAAGCUCAGAGUUCAGUUGUGCAGAAUCAAAUGAUAACAGUUGCUGCUAAUGAAGCUGAUGAAGAAGAGGAAUAUGAUAUUCCAGGAGAGAUUGAAAAUGUUGUAGAGCAAUUGUUGGUUGGACUGAAAGACAAAGACACUAUUGUCAGGUGGUCUGCAGCAAAAGGAAUUGGUAGAAUAACUGGAAGACUUCCAAAAGAAUUAGCAGAUGAUGUGAUUGGGUCUCUACUGGACUGUUUUAGUUUCCAGGAAACAGACAAUGCGUGGCAUGGCGGAUGCCUGGCUCUGGCUGAAUUAGGCAGAAGAGGAUUGUUACUCCCUUCCCGAAUUUCAGAUGUUGUUCCUGUCAUUUUGAAAGCACUGACAUAUGACGAGAAGAGGGGGGCAUGCAGCGUGGGUUCCAACGUGAGAGAUGCAGCAUGCUAUGUUUGCUGGGCCUUUGCUCGUGCUUACGAUCCUGCAGAACUGAUACCAUUUAUUAGUCAGAUUUCAAGUGCAUUGGUUAUUGCUGCAGUAUUUGAUCGCGAUGUUAACUGCAGAAGAGCUGCUUCUGCUGCCUUCCAGGAGAAUGUUGGGAGACAGGGCACUUUUCCACAUGGCAUAGACAUUCUAACUGCAGCUGAUUAUUUUGCUGUUGGUAACAGAGUUAACUGUUACCUGACUAUAAGUGUGUAUAUUGCUGGCUUUCCUGAGUAUACACAGCCAAUGAUUGAUCAUUUAGUUAACAUGAAGAUUAAUCACUGGGAUAGUGUUAUUCGAGAACUUUCAACCAAAGCUCUGCAUAACCUUACUCAACGGGCUCCUGAGUACAUGGCAAAUGUGGUUUUGCCAAGACUUCUACCUUUAUCAGUGGGCACAGAUCUGCACACACGCCAUGGGGCAAUUCUUGCCUGUGCUGAGAUCACCCAUGCACUGUGUAAACUAGCAGAAGAGAAUAAUAGAUCUAUAACAUAUUAUUUCAAUGAAAAAUCAUUGGAGGGACUUAAGCAAAUCCAUCAAGAGCUUUGCAGUCGUCAAUUGUACAGGGGUUUAGGUGGAGAACUGAUGAGACCAGCAGUCUGCACUUUAAUUGAAAAGUUGUCACUAUCAAAAAUGCCAUUUAGAGGAGAUCCAAUAAUCGGUGGCUGGCAGUGGUUAAUAAAUGACAGUCUCAGAAGUCUCCCUCUUGUUUCAAGCGCUGCACGACAGCAUAUAAAGGAGUCUGCAGUCUCUGCACUGGCUGCGCUGUGUAGUGAAUAUUACAUCAAUGAAAAUGGAGAAGCUGAUCCAGCUCUACAGGAUGAGCUGGUGACACAGUAUGUUUCAGAACUACAAAACACAGAGGAAAUGAUUCGUUGCGGCUUUUCACGAGCACUUGGGGCCCUUCCAAGAUUUCUGCUAAAGGGCAGGCUCCAACAGGUUUUGGAAGGUUUGAAAAAAGUUACCUUAAUUUCCCCUGCAGACGUGAGCUUUGCAGAAGCCAGAAGAGAUGCCCUGAUAGCAAUUGCAAAGGUUUGCCAGACAAUAGGUGUAAAUGGAGAAGGAACCCAGGAAGAAUAUGUCUGCAAAGAUAACGUUACUCAGAUUUAUGCUACACUACUUAGUGGUAUGACGGACUACACCACAGACAGCCGAGGAGAUGUUGGAGGAUGGGUACGUGAAGCUGCUAUGACGAGUUUAAUGGAAGUGACGCUUCUGCUGGUUCAGAAUGAAGCAGAGUUAAUUAAUGCCAACAUCUGCAAACAGAUUAUGUGCUGGCUGGCUCAACAGUCAGCUGAAAAAAUAGAUAAAUUUCGAGCUCAUGCAGGAUCUGUGUUCCUUACUCUUUUACAUUUUGACCAUCCUCCAGUUCCACACAUACCUCAUCGAGAAGAGCUAGAGAGGAUAUUUCCAAGGUCAGAGAAAGAGACUCUAAACUGGAAUGCCGCUUCAGAAGCUUUCCCUCGAAUCACCCAGCUUUUGGGUUUGCCAACAUACCAAUACUAUGUGCUUUUGGGUCUCUCAGUGUCUGUUGGUGGAUUAACAGAGACAACGCUCAGACACUCUGCCCAGAGCCUUUUUGACUACAUGAAGAAAAUCCAGAAUGAUUCCAGUGCUAUGGAGAGUUUUUGUGAGACGUUGCUAAAGGUCUUUGAGGACAACCUGCGGAAUGACCGGGUGUCUGUACCCCUCCUGACAAUGCUGGAUCAAAUGCUGGCAAACGGCUGUUUUGAUAUAUUUACCAUGCAAGAGAACCAGCCCUUUGCAGUGAAGUUAUUUACACUUUGUAAAGAAGAGAUCAAAAGAUCCAAAGACAUCCGGAAGCUUCGCUCCAGUAUAGGAGUGUUUUGUGGCCUGAUUCAAUUUCAAGGAGACAUGAGAGAGAAAGUUUUAUUUCAGUUGUUUCUCCUUCUUUGCCAUCCGUUUCCUGUAAUACGGAAAACAACAGCCAGUCAAGUUUACGAAAUGUUGAUAACCUACAGUGAUGUAGUUGAUCCUGCCAUUAUGGAUGAGGUUAUGACCAUACUCAGUGAUACCAACUGGGAAGCUGAAUUGCCAGUAGUAAGAGAGAAACGCAACUGUCUCUGUGACCUCAUGAAAGUGCCCAAACCGCAGCUGGUAUCCAAGGUAAAGUAUGGAAAUGUGCUCCUGAGGGUUUUUUCAGAGAAUCAAAGUAAUGAUCAAUUGUUCCGCCAAAUCUACGGUGUACUUCUGUGCAACAGGUGGAUUUCUUCACUGGUUCAUGAGUAUAUCAAUGCGCACCAGGAGGGAUGUCCUCACAGCUUACUACAGAAUAUAUGGAAUUGCUGAAGACUGUUGCCUUAAGCCCUUCCAGUCUCUUUCCUUGAAAACAUUCCAGACUUGUAGUGUGACAUCUUACUCAGACAAAACGCAAGAAUGAAAUAAUACAGUACAGAUGUUUCAAAAACUGUUCAUCUGCCUUUUCUGGGAAAAGAAAAAGGAUAACUUCCCAGUCAAUUUCAACAACGAAACUGUAACGUGGUUGUGCAAGCCACAGAAUUGUAACACUGCCUAAGAGGAAGAAUAUAAUCACAAAGUUAAUACAUUCAUAAGAAGACAGACAAUAUAUCCAUAUGUAGGUCCUGUUUCAUUUUAAUGCAGAUAGUUUGGAAUUGCCCAUCUGCUCAGUAUUUCAGAAGUACAGAAUUUUCUGCUUUGGUCAGGGUUUCUGAGAGGUUCCUUUUCUCUCUGUCCAAAGAUGGGGAGGCUCAAUUAUGACUGUUUCAGAGAACAUGUGUUAACAUGACAAUUUACACAGAAAAAUUAGUUUUACUUUGAGUAAUACAAGACAAGGUAACAACGCUUGAUGACCCAAGGCUACUUCCCUAGUAUCACAGGCAUCCACAGCAUAUAUUCUAUUCCAUAAACUGAUUAAGCUUUAAAAAUAGUGGUACAUCAAUUUAUUCUUGUCCUUGGUAAUUUUUAUUGUUCUGCUUUCAUAGUUCUAGAAAGUUUUGUCCUCUGUAAUUAUUUUAGAAUUCAGAAACAUCAUCUGUGCAGUCUUCUUUCCUAAGUUUUUCCUAAUAGGGUGGACCUUCAUUCCCUUCAAUAUUGGAACACCAUUAUGUUUAUUUUCAUGACUAUAAUUAUACAAAGCAUUAUUUUCUUGUCCUGCACAGUUCCACUCCAGAACUGCAUUAGCCUUUUUCACAGCUGCAGCAUCUGUGGCUGAAAGACACCAAAUCUUCUCUCCUGCACAGCACCUAAAGGUGAUCUUAGCUAAUGGCAUUUUUAAAGUGCUUGUUGAACUCGCUCUUUGGGAUAUUGCAUUAUGUUUCCUCCUGUGUAAUAUUCUGGUAAUCCUUUACACUGAAGAUGCUUCCUAAUGUAAGUACAGCCUAUGUUUUGAGUUACCAUUGAUAUAAAAAAAUAUAUAUUUUUUUUUAAAAAAGUAUAUUUUAAAAAUUGGUCAGAAGACUAAUACUUAAGACAUCUAUGAAUAACCUUCAAAGACACCCUGCUGUGCCCCAGAGCAGUUUUCUCUGCUCAUCUUCCUGUUCUUACCAAGUCAUGUCUACAGUUUUCUGCUUUUAGUACAAUUUUAAGACACCUGCAACUAACAUUUUUGUAAUUUUGGAAAACAAGAAUCUGAACCUCUCGCCCAUACAAGGCAUUGUUUUUAGAGCAAAAGCUGACCUGAGCAUUGCUGUUUCAAGGUUUUUUAGUCAACCAAUAGAAAUGUUAUGUUCAGAAUGAAGAUGUUACAAGAUGAAUUCACUGAUCUCAAAAAAAAUCUUAUUUCAACAACUCCUUAAUUAUUGGAGGCUGAGAGAAGCCUGACAAGUUAGGAGAAAACUGUCCCAAUAUAAACAAAAGAAUAAGAAAUAGCCAAAUAUACAUACAGGUAUUAUUUCAGAUGGAACUGUUACAAAUAUAGUAUCAUGUGCAAUUUGGAAGUUAUGUGGCUGAAUUUGGAACUUCACCUUUUCUUCCUCUUAACAUAAGCAAAUAGUUAGUAUAACUUUUAGCAAAAGAGCUAAGCCUGCACCUGCCCUGAGAACUGUUGGAGUUCACUGAGAGUGAUACUCAGUCAACCUGAAGGACUUCUCAUAGCUGUCCAGAUGUCCCUACUAGCAGCCAGUUUGUGCUCACACUCUGCUCUUCUUCAAGAGCUCACAGAUCCUGAGAACAGGAGAGAAACAAUAAAGGAAGACAAGCAUAACAUUUUGAAAAGGUGAAUGAAGUCAAUUUUGUAUGAAGUCAACACUUGUCAUUCCUUUAAAACUUGUAAAAAUAAAAUUUGCUAAAUGGUAGUUAAAAACAAAGGUGUUAAGAAGGACUGUAAAUAUUAUAGCUUUGUAUGUCUAUAUUUUCUUCUCCAUUUAGUUUACUGAAUUACAUGAUUGGGAUACUGUUAAGAUAGUGAUACAUGCUACUCCCUGUGACCUCUUUCUUCUGUCUUGUAGAGUUCAGCGUAAUGAAGUUGCAGGCACUGGCUGCUGGUUUGUAAACUGAAGCUUGGUUCAGGUGCCAUUAGGACCGGAAGAGUUCGUGCCACGGCAUCCUGACAAACUGGAUUCUCAGCAUGAGCUUCGAAGUGCGCUGUUUAACAAAAUAAGAGACAGAGAUUAUGUCUUAAAGCAUUGUGCAGAUAUGCCACAGGAAGGCAACAAAGAUUCACUGUGUUUUCAGUUUUUAAAGUCAUUAUCUGUAGCCACAAGAUGGCGGUUUCUCUUCGUAUUUCUGUCACAAUUGACCUGAGGUUUUUUUUGAUGUCAAUGAUUUAUACUUCUACAACUCUGAAUGGAGCCAUUCAGCCUGUGCUUGCUUUACACACGUGAAAUAUUAAACCUGACUUGCUGCAUUAGUCUCUUAAAACAAUUGUUUUUCAGAGGUAAGAAUGGCAACACUUAGUGAUAAUGAAGUCUUCCUGAACAUAAAGUAUCUCUGUGGAUAAGAAGUCUGUCAUUCUUAUGUCAUAAUUGAACAAAAAAUCCAGGUUUCACUUCAGCUAAAGUCAAGGCUUCUCUUAAUAGCUCUUUAUAUAACUAAUUCAAGCAAAUGUUUUUUGUGGUAAACUAGCUCUAGGGACUGAAGCUUUUUUUUUUUCCCCUUGAAGAAUAGAGGUGAAUCAGUACUUCAAGCACCUUGCUAGGAAUUUAGACCCUUUCUUAUUGACUAUAAAAUGAAAUGGCUGUAACAUUUUUCUUUAGGAAAACUAAUGUGAUGGGGAGGACAAAUGCACAGGCAACAUGAUAUUCUAAUUACACUGUGUUAUUUGAUGGUUCUAAUUAAAUCCCACUGUCCCAGCA